GUUGUGGAAGCCGGUCGAGCUCGUGUCUAUGUGCGUAAGUGUGUUUUCCUCCCUCACCCUGCCUGUUGGGUGGGAUGUCGGUGCCCCUUGUUUUGUGUUGUGAGCGCAAGGUGCAAACCUAUUAUUACUCUCUGGAAAUGCCCGAGAGACUCCGUCGCCUCUCCAGCCGCUAAUCUACAAAGUCACAAGCGGAGAAAGAAACGGCAAGGAGGCGCGUUUCUCUCAGAGCCCCAAAGGAUCGGUGAGGGCUUCCCGGUACCAGAGAUCUGAUUCACAUGGGGAUGGGGGUCAGCGUGCCUAAUCUGGAAUCACUCCCCCGCCACGUCCCUGCAACCCGAUCCAGCUCCUUUUAUUGGGAAAAUUACUGGUGCUUCUAAUCAUACCUAAUUCGAAUAUAAAUUCAAGCAAGACGUGUUUGUGAGUUUGGGAGGCUCCGUGGUCAAUUACUAGGAGGGUACAGAAGGACGGGGUCCGAUCAACUUGUCGAUCGCGCUGUCGGUUCUCCGUGACACAGCGCUGAGGCGAGUGAUCCACGGUUGUAACCUUGGAGAGCGAAACUGCGAUGGGAUUGCAGCGCUUCACAGGGUUUAAGAUCUAACGCCACCAACGAUUGUCCUGAACAUUAACAAGUCUCUAUGAAAUGGAAAAUCGAGGGAUCACCAGUAUUCUCUAUUACUUGAUGCUAAACGCGCCGCUUUUGCUGUGUGUUAACGCAAAAUUUCUUGAAGUCCCCCAGGAUGUGACUGCUAAAGAAGGGGAUGAUAUUGAGAUGUCUUGUGCGUUCCGGGCCAGCGGGACCACCUCGUAUUCUCUGGAGAUCCAGUGGUGGUAUCUAAAGGAAGCAGCCAGAGAGCUGGCACAUGGGCUAACACUCGGCGCCCAGGCCACCAACAGGGCCAAGGUUACGUUAAAGAAAGAUGCCACCAAAAUAAGCACUGUCCGGGUAAUGGGAAAUGAUAUUUCGCAUAAACUACGCCUCUCCAGUGUUAAGAAGGAAGACGAGGGGGUUUAUGAGUGCAGAGUCACCGACUUUAUUGACGACGAAACUCAGGAACAUAAAGCCCAGGCGACCUUACGGGUGACAGCCCGCUACAGUCCGGAGAUGCAGGCGGCCGAAGCGGUCUCUCACAUUCAGAGUGGGAAUGGGCGCCGCAGGAGCAGCGCACGCUCCACGCCAGUGACCGGCGCUGACAAGCGGCGAGUGGCGGAAACGGCCAGCGACGGAGCGGCAUCCUCCUCAAUCACCCCCGCCUCAGUUACUCCACCCCCGGGCAAUGCGGCCAUGAUUGGACAGCACAACUCCGGUGGAAAGCCAACACAGAUACUAACAUCAGGUUUUGAACCCCUUUCUCCCCUGGCUCCCUUCCUCCUUAUCCCUUUGCUGAUCUUACAAAAGCUCUGCACAUAUUAGUAACCCUUUGACUGACUACAAAGUAACCUUUCUCCAGCAAACAGAGGAAAUGUGCAGUGAAGGCAUAAAAGUCUAUGGAGAGUGAAGAAUUUAAGAACUAGUGACAUCAAACUGCCUUUCAAAAUAUCAAAGGAAGCUUUUGAAGGCAAGGGAAGGAAAAAUAUUCAUUCGAGGACAACCUUCAAAAAUUUUCAGCAGUCUAAUGUUGCACAUUCUAAAUGUUCACAAUGUGGUAAAUUAAUUUUACAAUAAACAUGAUGUAAAGCCUUGCCGGAUUUAGCAUGGCAAUUAUAAGAUUAUUUUCUUUGUGACAAAUUCUGCCUGCUUGUUUACUACUUAAAUUGUUCCACAGCCACCUAUCAGUUAAAGUGAGAAUGCAGGGUCAGUAAAUCUAAUGAAAUGUGAAUAUUUUUAAUUGAUGCAUUUGGUUACUUCCUUUGUUUCCUUUGGUGGCAUUUGGAUUUGGUUCCCUUUCAAAUUUUAUGUAGAUACAGCUCAUUCCACCAUAAAUACUACGUAGCAUCAACAAUAUUUAUUUUUUAAUAAAGAUGGGAAUUAGGUAAGACAUUCAUUUAUAAACUGUAUUGAUAUAUU